AUGUGCGUGCAAGUGGUCGGAAAACCAAAACAAAUCACUUCCAUCAAGGAAAAUAGCUUUAAUUCCUCAAUGAGGAGUGCUGUAGUUACCAGUAGAUGAUCAGCAUGAGGAUCUGCAUGGCCUCGGAUUUCUUCUAUCCCAACAUGGGCGGAGUGGAGGAGCACAUCUUCAGCCUCUCGCAGUGCCUUCUCGAGAAGGGCCACAAGGUCAUCGUGGUGACUCACUCUUAUGGCGAUCGAGUGGGAAUCCGAUACAUGACCAGCGGCCUGAAAGUCUACUACCUGCCCAUCAAGACGUUCUACAACCAGUGCAUCCUGCCCACGAUGAUCUGCAAUAUUCCACUGUACAGAAACAUCCUGGAGCGCGAGAGGAUCGAAAUCGUGCACGGACAUUCUGCCUUCUCCGCCCUGGCGCACGAGAUGAUGCUCGUGGCGUCGCUCCUGGACCUCCGGGUGGUCUUUACGGAUCACAGCCUCUUCGGCUUCGCUGAUCUCUCCGCUGUCGUCACAAACAAGUUCCUCCAGAUCUCCCUGUGUUCCUGCAAUCACUGCAUCUGUGUGUCGCACAUUGGGAAGGAGAACACCGUCUUGAGAGCCUCUGUGCCCGCUCAGAAGGUAUCCGUGAUACCCAACGCAGUGGACACAGCACUCUUCACGCCAAAUCCCAUUAGGAGACCUCAAAACGACACUGUCACUGUCGUCAUUGUCUCUCGGCUGGUGUACCGCAAAGGCAUCGAUUUGCUGGUGGGGAUCAUCGCCAGGAUCAGCCAGAUGCCCGAGAUGCGCCACGUGAACUUCCUAAUUGGUGGCGAUGGGCCAAAGAGAGGUCUUCUGGAGGAGAUCCGCGAGAAGAACAACAUGCAAGAGCGCGUAACUCUUCUGGGCGCUCUGAAGCACUCCAAAGUGCGUGACGUGCUGACACAGGGCCACAUCUUCCUCAACACAUCCCUCACGGAGGCCUAUUGCAUGGCGAUCGUGGAAGCUGCGGCCACAGGAUUGCAAGUCGUGUCCACAAGAGUGGGCGGAAUUCCUGAAGUGCUGCCCCAGAAGCUCAUCAUAAUGACUGAAGCCACUGUGGAGGCGCUGCUGAAUGGACUCUUAUUGGCUGUUAAGAGACACAGGAACCAAAGAAAGCUGCCAGAAUCUAAUGGGAUUCACAAGAAGGACGAUAUUUUGUGUCCUUUCGCCUGCAACGAAUUGGUGCAGGAGCUCUACAAUUGGGACAACGUGGCCACAAGGACGGAGAAAGUGUACAGGAGAGUUCUCAGGGAGCCCGAUCAGCCGCUGGGGAAAAAGCUGGCCAGUUAUCUCAACACUGGCGUGUGGCCGUAUUUGCUGGUCGUCUCCCUCUGUCACUUGAUACUCCGCUUCUGCGAGUGGCUCUGGCCCAAAUCCCAGAUUGAUAUUGCCCGGGAUUUCCCAACUGUCCAAUCUACUCAGUCUUCCCGGACGCAAUCGGUGAGAAACAGGAAGAAGAAGAGAUAGAGUCAAUAUUGUGUAUUUCUCAAGUUA